UAAGCCGCCGGAAGCAUGCAAGAGUCAAACAAGUAAACAAUCUUGUAUUUCCAAGAUGUCCUUGCCAAUAAGUCGCAGAAUAGUUCAACAAAUUUCGAAUAAUUAUAAAUGUAUUUCUCAAUGCUAUAGUUCAUCUCUAACAAAAACUCCAGACACUAAAGUUACACACACUGGACAGAAAUUCAGUGAAGAUGAUCAACGGAUGGUCCGUUUUCUUAACAGAGAGAAACAGGUUAACCCUCAUUUUGCAAUUGAUUUAAUCAACUCCAUUCCUCCCAAACUAGUGAAAGAGAGAGUUGUAGCAUGUGAAGGUGGUGGUGGUCCUCUUGGGCAUCCCAAGGUUUAUAUUAAUUUGGACGUACCUGGUCCCAAAGCAUGUGGAUAUUGUGGCUUACGAUUUCAGUUAGAAGGAGAGCAUCAUUAGAGUUUCACAAAAUAACAUUUAAAUGAAAUGUAUUAAACUGUAGUUUUUUUUGAGUUUCAAGUAAAAUAUGUUGUUGUCAAAGCAGAUUCUGAUUGAUAAAUUAUACGUAUAAAAAUUGUGCAACUUGGUCAUAAAAUAAUUUUUGAAGUUUG